GGUUCAUUUCCUUUUAUAUGGGUGAUGGGUCCUUAAAAUUGUAAGCAUUGCAGUUUUCUAACCAUGUACAUGGGUGGUACGCAGCUAAGCACUCAAGCUAUGAUUAUUGUUGUAUGUAUGGAUUAAUAGUGGUAAUCACUGUUUGGUUCAGGCCUUGAGCAGCUAAGAUAACUCAAAUGUGUACGCUCAUUCAAAGUAACUGAUUUACCUAAAGAACUUGAUUGAUGAUCAGGUGUGCAUUUUGUAUGCAUUGGAAUUAGAUUCAGAAUGCAUGAUGAUUGGUUUCUUCUGUGUUCAUAUAGGAAGUAGCUUCUCAUGCGCCAACAUUUUUUAGGUGUGUUGUGCCGAGGAAAUCUUAUGCUUCAGUGCGUACAUUUCGGUUGUGUUUGUCUAGAGUUUUUUUUUGCUUACAGGACAAAAUAUUCUUAUUUACUUUGAUUCAUCUAUUUGUAGCAAAAAACUAUUUCUUCAUGCAUAAAUAUGUUGUGUUCAUUAUUCGGGUCAAAUGAGUGAGACCGUCGUUUUUGUAUUGGCUUCAAGGGAGGAUGAUUUGCUGUGUACGUUUCAUUUUCCAUCAAGGCCAUCAUGUCGUCCACUCAUGUACAUGUCAUUCUCUGCUUUUAAACAAGUGUCGAGUGUAACCGCUAGCAUGUGCACGAAGACAAAUAAUUCUCAAGGCACUGGCAUGACUGGAGGAAAAGAGGUUCUGUGACUCAAGGUUGGGUCGCCAUGUGUAUAUUUAUUUAUGUAUUCAUAUCCAUGCUUGUGUGGUUUUCUCUAUUUUCGUAGCCAGUCACAUGCCUUCUCCUUAUUUGCUUUGUCAAUGUUCGUGUGUGCCCAACUCAAUUGUUGCUGCUUUUAUGUAUGUGCUUUCUUAUGUGGCAGAUAAACUCUUGCUUUAAUAUGUGCACUUCCAGGUUUGACGCAGUACAGUGCGGGGGAGGCGGUGUCCUCUGCAGCUAGGUCUACUUGCUGGCGACCUCACCAUCACCAACCCAUCUACAGAUUUGAUGAUUUCUCUCAAUAUACUGCUGGCGAUGUAGUUGGCAAUGAUUAGCCUACUUGAAUGGAUAUGGUUCUUGAGAGGCCAUUUCUUAUGCAUCAGGCCCUGAAGGUGGAUGUUGCUUGUAUGCUAAGCAAGGAAGAGGCAUGCCCUACUUGGCAGCGACCACCUUCCACUCAAGGGAUAUAGCACUAUCAUUUAGCACACACUGUUCCAGGAGAAACAAUAAUCAUGAACAGAAACAGUAACCAACAAUAUCCCUACUGACCGGCGCGGCUCCACCAACGAUCCAUCAGCCCCUGGUACAGAAAGAGAUCCAGAAGCUCACGCAUGGAGGACAUGGACAUUGGUAUCGUCUGUGACGAGGGUUCCCCAGGAUCAAUAGCGUCAAGGACAGGAACGCCUGUGCCCAAUGAUAAUGACUACCUGAUAGUGAUUCCUUAUGCUCACAUCUUUGGCCUCAUGCUGCAAGCUCUAAAGCUGCCCCCUGCAACUUACCAGCACAAAAUAUACCCAGGCGGAAAGAAUCGUGUGACAGUGACUUUCAUUUCUACUUUGGAAUUGCUAGAUGGUUCACUUGUCCCGAGUUCUAUACCAGGUGCAAUCUUAGAUAGCUAUGAAGAUGCAGAAGACAGUGCUGCUAUGGAGGCUAUUAGAUUCAUGGAGAAUGCAUAUGGCAAAGAAAUGAGAGGCUACCACUACACCCAUGUCAAGAGGCUAGAAAAUCAAGUGACGCACCUGGUCAAAUGGUUGACUUCAUCCAAUGAGACAAUCAAGAAGCUGCGCAAAACAUGCUACUACGCUGUCAGGUACAUGAACUCAUAUUCUGCCCAGAUAGAAAACACAACAGCUGCUCGCCACCUGAAAGGUCAGGACAACACCAAAGGAGUUAUGAAAACAGCUCUUGCAAGCAUCGAAGGACUGACGCAAAGGCUACGCUACAUUGCUAUGAAGUUUGAGCAGCGCCUUGAAGCAACCAGAAACAGUUUCUGGUAAACUUUGCUGAAUGUAUCCUGGAUAGCGUGCUUC